AAUAGUAUCAACGAUGUAGAUGUUUUACAUGCCGCAAAAAUUACCUCCUUAAACCCCACUUACUUAUCCCCCGGGGAAAAUGAAAAACCCCACCUCAAUGGAACACGUUUGUUUGACGUUAGUAAACGUUUCAUUGCAGGCUUUAUCUGUACAUUACUCACCAAAGAAUUUGGAACGCAAAACGAAACAGACCAUACGCGAUUUGUGGGUUUGAAGCUUGGAAGAAAUAAAAGAAAAACAUGCGUUUUUGUCCAUACCGACGAACGACCGUAUGUGACAUUUGUGAGUCAAUUUCAUGGCUGAACAAACAGGUGAAAACCGUUGUGUGGAUUUGUUGUUUGUCUCAUGAUAUUUUAAGGUCAUGAAAAAGUUUACACGAUAACCACAUUAGAUUUUUUUGUGUGUUGUUGUUGACUGACGGAAAAUAAAAUAAGUAAAGAUGAGGAUGUGAGCGAAUGAAAUAUUAGAGAAGCUUUCUAAUUCUGGUAUCUGAUGUCAACACGAUCAGAGAACGAGAAGGAGAACAACAGAGUCACUAUGCAUAACAUUACCACACGAAGUUUAACCAUUUAUCUUGUCCCAAAGGAGCACCAAACAAAAAAAUGGAAAAUUCUGAUUUAACUACAGAUGAAUGAAGUGAAUGCACACGACCUCGACCUUCUCCGGCGGGGCUUGAAGAAGAAGAAAACAAGACAACAAAAACAAAACCAAACACACAUGCAAGCACACGAUCAAACACGCUCGCGAUCGUUUCCGAACGAGCUUCCAUCGCAUGUCUGGCGGGGUUUGUUCAACUCGCCCGCGGGAUGCUGCGGAACCAUUUUGAGACACGUACGUCUGUGCGAUCCUCUGUGUGUGCGCGUGUGCGUUUGACAAUAAUAAGCUUUCAGCUUUUUUUUUACCACGAAGGAAGGCAAACGUAAAGUGCGCAUUGUGUUCUCGAUCGUUUCACGCAACGCACCAAUACACGGACAGGACGCGGGCAGAACUCGUUUCGGGCUGGCUCGAUUUCUAAUUGGGAGCUAAAAUAAUUGCGCCCGGUAAAAGGAAGAAGCAGAAGUACUGAAAGGGUGUAGGACAGCAAGAGGGAAGCAUGGGGGGGUUCCCGUUUCCUUCCACGCAUUUGGUGAUCGUUCCAAUGCGAUUGAACAUUGCCGUGCGAUUGGGAAUGCGAUCACGCAUCUCCUUGCGGACGCUGCCCGCUUAUUCGGAAACGGACAAGACCUGCGGGUGAUUGUCAUGCAUCGAAUAAAGAAAAGAAACCUGCCCAAAAACCAUUCUAUCUGCUGCAUUCUUUGUUCUUUCCAGUGUGCUUUCCAUUUCACAUUCGCGAAUCUUCAUACGCGGCCAAUUUGCUGGGUGGGCAACGGUCAUUUUGGUCGAUUUUUUGCUUUUCCAUUCCCGUAGCUCUUCAACAUGGAAACAGGUUUCCCUGUACAGCAAGUUUAGGUGAGCUGCUUUUCGGGUGCUUUUCGCACGAUAAGCAAUCUUAAACUGUGCCGCCUUUAGCGAAGAAUUCUCUAUUCUUCACCACUAUCGUGUGUGUGUGUGAUAAUUUAUUUGCAACAGCAAUCAAACUGCCCCUAUGCGAUCUCUAGCCACAGGAUCGAACCAAAAUUGUUAAUGGAGGAAGAAAUUAAUGGAAUAAAUUUUUUUCAGUAUCCUUGGUUGUUCUAAAAUAAAUUACAAAAAUAAAAUCCUCAUUUCGAUAAUGGUCGACUUUGUGAAAUAGCGUCAAAUUUAUACUCUUCUUGUGGUGCUUUAAGGAUCCUCCAAGUGUCUAUCAGCUAGAGAAGCAACUCUUGAAACUGUUCCAAAAAAAAAUCGGACACUGAUGUAGUGGAACAUAAAUCGAUCGGAAGCUGGCAUAGAGCGUUAUAAGAUUGUUGGCGCCCACGACUUGCUGAUGGUUAUGACCAGAUAUGGAGAGGACAGCAAAAAAAAAACAAAAAUGCAGAACAUGCUUAAACAGCUCAUGGUUUCUCCUGUCACUAGCGUCCGAAAGUGGGAUUUCGGCAUGCAUUCAAACGCCCACCUACAGCUCCGGGUUCCUUUCUUCCUUCCGAAUUCCGAAUUGCCCGUAUAAGCUGACGAAUGCGUUCACAUAAAUUCUCGCUCAAAUAAUUUCACCCCAGCAAACCACGGCAUGGCGUGCCCUUUUUUCUGGUGUGUUUUACCCCGGUUUACAUUAUUUAUAAUACCACGCAGUUGUGCCGCACAAGAUUGUCCUCUUUUGCUGCCCUUACGUAGCCUACUUACUGGGUGAAUUGGGGCAUCAGGAUGUAGAAGUGGAAGAGGAAAAGAUGCUGAUAUUCCACAGGAGUAUGAGACAUUGCAGGGGCCAGCUUAGCAGUCGAUAACGAGAGAAAUCUGCAUAUUAACACAGCUAGAAGGAGGUUUUGCUUUAAAAAAAAGGGGAUGGAUUUUAAUUAGAAGUCCAGCCUACGGUGGCCAUAAUGAAAGGUGUCGAGCGUUUGUAAUCUGGAGCACCCGUAAUAAAACUCCGGCCCCUUCCGGAGCGUAUAAAAUAAUGAGAUUAAUUAAGGGAUGUACAAGAAGGUACACGGUGGUAAAAGGUUUUGCUUCCUUACUGUAUAUUCUAUUCCUUGUGGACUGUUUAACAGCAGCAAAAAAAAGUCUCGCAAAACUCACAACGUAAGAUGGCCUUCCGACAAGAUUUCAUCUCUGGUGGAUUCCUCCAAAAAACCACAUCAUUACCUCAAUUUAAUCCACCAAGGUUAUCUGAAACUUUGAGACUUUGUCUAAUCUUCCGUGAGGUGUGUGUGCACUGACUAAAUCUGCCGUGUCUUGCCAUGUCCCUGGUAACGUAAAACCUUCCAACCAAGAGACCUUGACCGUCGUCUGCAUAAUGGCAAAUUCCCACCAAAACAAAACAAAAACUGCACGUCGUCACUCCGAAGCUUUGUUUAUCACUUCCCAGCGAAAUCUGCUUGACCGAAUGUCACACCAACAUCAAAUGGCUUCCGUUUGGUUAACUUUUGGGCUGUUUUAAAAUACAUCUCAAAGUACAAAUGUUCGAAUGUGAUCUUCCACGAUGAAUGCUUCCCGGGAUGGUUUCAUCAACCCCAUGAAAAAGUUUUGUGUGGCUUCUGUUUUGAUCGGUGCAAUUUAUAUCGCAUCCAGCUCCAGCUCCACAGAGACGUUGGGUAAGCACAUUGUGCAACAUGCUCUACUGACCGGCUCAAUCAACCGAUGAGCCGCCCAAUGGUUGGUGGUAACGUGUUACGCAAUGUGCAAUCUGAUAAACUGCACGUUCCAUUCUCCAUACUUCCAUCCACCCCACCCGAAUAAUGAAAUAGAUGAUCGUUAUGUUUCGCGCACAGACCGAAUGCGUCGUUAAUCCUCACACUUUCCUUAAGCAAAUAGGUAGCUCGAUUGUGGAAUUACAAGAAUUCCUAGCUAAUCGAGCAUCGAAAUAAUUGUGCUCACUCUACAAGGUAAUUCCACGCGGAGUUGCGUUGCGAAAUGUGAGUUGCGCUAUAAAUAAACCGCAGACCAGCAGCACUCGACUCGCUAUGCAUGAAUCAGACGGAUGAAUUAAAUCCAGAAUGUCCGAAGCCACAGAACUUCAAUUGCUACAGGAGUAUUGAACCGAGGAGUUGCGUACGAACCGAUAGCUCCAUUUGAUACUCGUGUGAGAACCAGAAUUUAACACCCGUUGCCCACGAAACUGCUCUCCCACCGCCAAUUGCAUGCGGUCAUGCUGACUUGCGCCUUUCUGGCAACGAACUGGAGGGGUUUUUUUUGUUGAAGCGCUUGGCUGUGAUAGAUCGUUCGGACCAAAAACCCGGAGAAUUGAUCGAUCGCAACGUGGAACUGAUAAAGCUCGGCGCAAUCGAAUCGGUUUGAUCUGUAAGCUGGUUCCGCAUCGUCGGUCUGUUCCGUGAAGCUUACUUUAGGUGUGUAAUUACUUUCUGGCUCUUUCUGCAGAGUGGUUCCGAGCUCGUUAUCGUGUUACACCCUUAACUUCAAACCAUUCGUCGGUUGAAGAUCAAUUAAGUUUACUCACAAUUCCAGACAAACGUAUCAAAAAACACAGCACGUAUGUUGUACUUCGUUUGCUGAAGAGCAUUGUGCUGGAUCUGCUGUGCUAAAGUUCAACAAACACCUACCCGUAUUUCAAACCGGGAUCACUUCUGCUUUGUAACGACCUUGAUCAUGGUAAGAUUGCAUUCGGUUCGGUUCAUGGUACGCUUGGUACGCAAACGGCUCAAAACGAUCUCUUGACGUACGUAGUAGUAUCUUAGCCGUGCUCAUUAACUUGCCAUUGCAUUUGACAUCUUGUUGGCAAUCGCAAUAAUAGCGACCACACAAUAAUGGUGGUAGAAACAACUGCCGUAAGUCGUAAGGUUUCAUUGCAAAAACCACCACGACAAAGUAAACAAACGAACAGUCAACGAUCAACUCCGGGGCCCUGUUGUGGUUGUCUAGAAUCUGCCAUGAAGAACCGCACUGGAUUGGGAGGGUGGGGGUCUAAAAUGCUUUCAGGCGUGUGUCACCUUGACGGCGCUAUAAAGUUGGCGUACGAUUUCACUACAAAUGUUGAUCGGUUCAGAACUUUUUCCCCCCAUACCAGACACGAUCUUUGCACUUGCGAAUAGCCGAGAUGUUUGGUUUUACUUUGUCAUGCCAUCGCCGGAUGCUCUUUGUUACCGCCCUCGAACGGGGACGGGAGCACCUCGGCAUAGAAACCUUCGGGAGGUGUUGGACGCGGGUGUGUAUGUGUGUUUGUGCCAUUUUCUCGUGAGAUCUAAUUGACCCCGUACAAUACAGAAGCACAGUUUGUUCCGAAUGAAUCAUCAUCAUUACGUUCUCAUGCUGUUCUGCCUCACCGCAAUCGAUCCAACCUUGGUUGGGCGAUUCUUGGGGCUGUUAACGGUGCGUUCGCGGCUCGCAAAACUUUAAUUGACCAUGGACCAGCGGUAACCAAUGUGGUGAAACAAUACUGGAUCGACUGGUAAGAUGUUUCGCAAUAAAAUUACUGAGGUUCGAUUCGCGACAUAGCGCAAAAUAUAGCCACUUUUAUGAUGCUGGAGGAGGCUGAAGUUAAAACCAUUUAUGGAGAGAAAACACAAGAUUAGUACAAGAUCCCACGAUGUUGCUUCAUCGAUUUGGUGUUGGUACUUACGAUCGUUUUGAUUCAGCAGUGUGAGAAUUUAAUGUACUUGCAAUGAGUGUAGUGCUCCCAUGACCUGCAUGAGUAGGUGUUUCCACUUCUGGCUUCUAGUGUUGGCUCGGGAAGCAAUCACGAUCAGGAGAAUGGCCUUUAAAGAUUGCACCAUCACCAGCAACAAGUCAGACUAGAGAGGAUGCUUCCUACGCAAGUGGAUCGAUCGCUUUGGACCCUUAUUAAUGCACAAUUCCUGCAGCAUGCCAUUCCGACCACGCGCAUGUGUAGGCUUCUUGACCGGUAUGACUUCGUCUAUGGCCGGUAACUGUACGGUCAGUGUCUUGCUCCUUUCGGACUCAAUCUCAGACAGACGAAAGGCGAUUUAUACCGUGUCUGCCAGCUAUUGAACCGGCUCCAGACGGACGGACACUCUGCUUUGCAUACUGAUACGGCACACUAUCGGAAUUCUUCGAUCGUUUUAAUCCCCGCACUAGAACUAGCGCAAGCACAAACAAAUCGACGAGUUCUAUCGGUGUUGAGGAACAGUCGUUCACCAAGAACUUAACGCGAUCGGUAGCGAGUUGCGUACGAGCCGCGUUGGAUUUCAUGCGAAACGAUCUUGAUUAGAACCGGGUACAGGUGUACAAACCAGAGAUGACAAAGCCUGUAGUUACGCGACACUAUGCUCAAUCCGUUCUUUUUUCUCAACAAACUCCACGCACCGGAAAGCCGUUACGCCGUUCGUGGUAGAACUUCGCGAAACCGGUUACAGCUUGUUGACAAGACACCUGUGUGGUGAUCACCAGCAAACCACCACCGCGGGGUAAUCGCUAGUGAGUGAUAAUUGAUUGGCAGAGAGCCGGGCCAGUAGAGUUUCAAGGACGACAUUUUUGCGCCGGUCACAUAGACGCCAACGUGCAAAAGGUGUUGCAUUGCAAUUACUGAUGUAAUAUGAGAUUGCAUGUGUUUUAUAAAAGUUUUCUAGAAAAUAAGGCUAACUGUGAAAAACUGGUACAAAUGUAAGUCCGUUUUUAAUGUGUAACUGUUUUACUGUGCGCCUAAAGGUAUGUAAUUCGCUGUACAAAAUAGCUUAAUAUUGAAAAACUGCUUAGUCUAGCCUUAAAGAUAAAAGAUAUCGACGUAAAUCGUUUUUUUUUCUUCUAUUGCACAUGUGCUUUACUUGUCAUCUUUUAGCUAACACUUUCCGGGUAAAUAACUUAUCGCUUGCUAUCGGUUCCCGGCGCGGGAACGUUGCUUAAAAGUUGGGUGCAACUAUUUCCCCUACUAAACACUUGUCGAUGGUGAUAAAAUAACAAAGUUUACCUUUUCGAAAAUCACCGACCGAUCUACCAGGUGGCAGGUACGACAGGAAUGAUAAAAUUACAAACAAACAAACAAAAAACCGCUCUAGAGUCCACCCUAAUCGAACGGGUUCUAAUCUUAUCAGUACUAUUGAGUUAGAUAAAUAAAAAUAAAAGUUGAAGCAAACGAAAAAAAAAAAUGGAAGAAAGUGCAUGAAACCGAAUCGGAAAUAGAUUUGGAAAUCGAUUGUAGUCCCCCACAGGGGUGUGUGAGAAAUAAUGAUCGAUUGCUUCCAGUGUGGUGUGUACGCAAAUGUUUAAUGUUGCACAAUUGCACUAUUUAAUUACGAAACAAACGAACAAAAACACACACAAUUUGCGCAAUUGAAAUGAAAGACAAAUAAAGGUUGGCUUGUUCGCUAUGCAUUGUAUCAAGCUGGAAUGAAGGUUUACCUUAGCUAAAGCUGACAAGAAAAUACAAAAAGAAAACAUUAUGUUUUCUAUCAUUUUCAAAGGGAGCUUAAUGCUACACCGAGAGUAACCUUGCAUAACGUGCCUGCAUCGAAUGCACUUCCGCUCAAACGUUGGUGUGAUUUUGCGUAGUUUCUUCUCUUCAUUGCUUCUUUGCACGCGCCAAACUAAACCAAACCUUCAACGGAUGGAACGAAACGUGCCUAUGUUUGUCCGAUUUAACUUCUUUCUUCUUCAGGGGGGGAAAAAAACUUUCCAACCUAAUGGCACGUUUCGAUCGCGAUCGUGAGGGCUACACGGUUUACGCUUACCAUUAUUCAACAAUUAAUCGUCUUCUUUGUCCUACCUUGUGUCCCAGCCAUGAAUUUAUGGUAAGUAGGGAUAAUAAGGUUUGUCGCGGUGUCCCACCACAAUCGAGAGAAAGAAUUGACCGCAGGGACGCUAGUUUUUGGGGCUAAUCUUUUAAGCGAACAUGCUCAAAGCUUAGUGUGUUUUAAUUGAGGUUUUUCGGUCACCCUUUAACCGACGAGCGAUCGGUUUUAAAUUUGGGGAAAACGUAACCAACCGUAACUGUUUGCGCCGAUGAUCGUUGGACAUUUUUCGGGGUAGGGCGGCUGUGCGCUACCGUAUGACAUUUUGGGGGGAGAAAUUGGUUAAAUGACCCAUUUACCUUGCAUAGAAAAGUGAAAUUAGAGCUGUAGAGGAGAAUUGAUGUUUAUUUCCUACUGCAAAUAUCAAUGCUAGUGCUUCCUGUCACAAGUAUGUGAUACGAAUGUGGUGUGACCAUCUGUCACAUUUAUCAUUGUCACAUCGUACAUCAUUCGGACAAGGCUGUUGGCUGUUGGCCAGCGGAUCAGUGGUGCAAUCGAUGGUGCAAUGUGUUUGUGAUUUGUGAAGAAAGGAUGUGGUUUUAUUGACCCGUUUCUGUCCAUUAGACUAGCUUUUCUUGGGAGUUCUGGAACAACCGCCUUCGAAUAAAAUUCAAAUAAAAUCAAAGCUCAUUUUGACCGUUCGUGGUGCUUUAAAAAGUUCCUACCUCUUACCCAAAAACAGGCGUAAAUAAUGACAUCAAUUACAUUGCAUUGAAUGCGGUAAUAAAACUCCACGCUUUUGGAAGCUCCCAGACAUUCAUGUGACAGGUAUGGCCACCCAGCGAGUCAACGCUCAGUAGCUGAAAUCUGGAAAUGGAGUGGACAAAACAGUAGAAAGACUAGAACACGUAUUGGGUUCUUUUUUUGGAGUUGGAAAAAACAAUUUCCCCACCCUUAUUUUAGACCUACUUCCGUACGGGGUGCGCUUUGUUACUGUCAGCUGGUUGGAAAGCAUCAUUGUGCGUUGAUUUGGUGCUGUUUUGCAGUGAUUCAUCCCACAUUCACCCAUAUGGUCAACAUUGGUCAAAGUAAAAGCGUACGGUGUGUAGCGAAACAAAAUCAAAAGACACGAAUAGCUGAUGGGGCAUGAGUCAUUCGACAUGAUCCUCCCAUCCGUGAUGCGCUUUCUUCUAGCGAUGGCGUUGUAUUAAUAUGCAACUUCACUCCACGCGUAGACGAGUUCCCUUCCUCUCUCUCUCUCUCUGUUUGCGGUGUGUUUCAUUAAAAAACAAUCCAAAUGCAAAUUGAUCCACACGUCCAAAUCCUAACGAUAAGGGGUGCUCACUUGAAAGGGGGGGUAGAAAAGCAGCCGUUACAUUAUGAAUCGGUCGAAUAGACCAUUUUCAAAAGGUUCAUUUUCUCUGUUAAACUUGACACGCGGUAAAUGGCAUGGCAGAGUGUGAAAGAAACCGAUACACCACACAGCGAGGAAAUAAUUUUAUCUUCGCAUUAGUACGACACAUGCAGCAGCAGCAGCAGAACCACCCCGUACGCAUAUGCUGAUGAUCUCAUUUGCCAGUCCGGCCAGUAAUAGUACAAUGAGCGCAUUCAAACGUGAGACGAAAAAAAAAAGAUUAGAGGCAUAAAAGAACUCCUUAAGCAGCGGCUCACGAUGGAUUUGCACAAGCAUUAGAUUGGAUUAUAUUUUUCUUCUUCCUUUGGCUAACGUUGGUUAUACAAGCAAACAACACAACGCCACGAAUAAGACAACUAAAAUGAGAUAAACACACCGGCAAACGUGAAGGUGUUAAUCUGAUUCGGAAAUCCCUGCCAAUUCCCAUCCAGAGCAACAACAUCAAAACCGAACGGGAGUGGUUACGAGAGACGCCCGGUUUGCACCAGUUACGGGCAUUAGUAAUCAGCGUAAAUCAACGAGACCAAAGUUCCGUUCCUAACACGCAAAAAGAGAAGCAAAAAAAAACAGCCACAAACACAAUGUCUGACAUUUGUGAUUUUGAGUGGUCCAACAAUCGGUACCGGCACAAUCUGACCAUAUCGGAGCUAAAGUUAGGUUUCAAUCGAAACGAACCGACCGAUCGUAGUCGGGCAUUGAUCGCACUGAAGGAACUGAUCGGUGCAAGCCGGGACUAUGCACUGAAGGAUAAAUCCUGCUUUCAGGACGAUGAGUUCCUGUUUCGGUUUCUAUACGCACGCAAAUUUAACGUGAACGAAGCGUUCCAGCUGAUCAUCAACUAUCACGCGUACCGACAGCGCAAUGCCGCCAUCUUGCAGCGUUUGUCGGUGCUGGACGAAACGAUACAGAUAGCGCUGCGGGAUGGAUUUCCCGGUGUGCUAACGAACCGGGAUCGGCGCGGUCGGAAGGUGCUGGUGUUCUUUACUGCUAACUGGGACUAUGCGUCCUACUCCCUAGUCACUGUGUACCGGGCGAUGCUGCUCACGAUCGAGAAGCUGCUGGAGGACAAGCAGAACCAGGCGAACGGGUUCAUUGCGAUCGUGGACUGGACUAACUUUACGUUCCGCCAAUCGUCGAACCUGAAUCCGAAAGUGUUGAAGCUGAUGAUCGAGGGACUACAGGAUUGUUUCCCGGUACGAUUUAAGGCGAUCCACUUUAUCGGCCAACCGUGGUAUGUUGAAGCGGCACUGGCUGUGAUUCGACCCUUCCUAAAGGAGAAGACACGCGAUCGGAUAAAGCUGCACGGCAGCAAUCUUUCGACCCUGCAUGACUGCGUCGCCAGAGACAUCCUGCCAACCGAGCUCGGCGGUGAAGGGCCCACGUUCAAUCCGCUCAACUGGUACCACGAGCUGCUCGAAUCGAGUCAAACCGUCACAAAACCGGCCCCCUCGUACUGUCUCAGCCAGACGCAGAUAUACACCAAAACACCAGCCCAGUUCGUACCAACGGUUGGCGGCCAUCGGAAAGGAGCCGACCUAUCGCCAACGCAGUCUCCUUCGCCAUCACCUCCUUCGUCACUAUCGUCCACGAAUGGGGCCGAGUUUCUGAAAGCGGCCACCAAAGCAGCGGCCGUCAAGAUCGGUGUUCUGACGGCUAAAGCGAACGAUCCGGCCACUAACACGCUGCUUGGUGUGACGACCGGUGCCGGUGGUUGUGAUUUGUGACGCAUGACACCCUGCAACGUGGUAACACUGGAUGUGCAUCCCGCUAAAGACUGGAUCGUUUCGGUGGCCAACGGUGGCCAACACUGCACUAUGAUGAUCUCAUACCAGGUACAGAAACGUUCGUGGUGGUAACGAACUGCCAAAAUGGUGGGGUUACGUUAAGGAAGGUGAUAGUGGGCACAGGUUGACUGAUUGUGGUGUUGUGUCUAGAAAGUAGCGUAAAGAAAAUACCCGAAAUUAUCACUUCCACAUGGCACAAAUCCUGUUAAGAAGCAAGCUGAUAUAUCCUCACAGAAAAUGUUUUUUUUUAUUUCCCAACAGAUGGCGCUUUAAACAUAAGUGUCAUUUGCCGUUGACAAAGAUGUUGACGUAUUUCUUUAUCCAGUUUUAAAUUCUCGAUCUCUCUUUCAAGCUUUUUCUCUCGAUCAGUUGAUAAAACACCGCACAUUUCAGAUGUUUUACUCCUCUCGAUUUUUUGAAUAUUGUUGUAGUGCCUGAAAGUAUCUUUAGGAUCUCUCUUUUGGUAUGGUCUAUAAGAUACAAAGCCACUCAUUGGGCUAAACUUAAUUUCUCUAGUAACUGAAAAGACCUAAAUGUUAUUAUUAUCAGGCCACUAAAAGAAGUCUACAGCCUUCCACGUAUUAGCAUCGAAAUAGUCAUUCCUGCACGUAACUAACGCCAUCUUCACGUGACGUAGAGACGUGAACGUCCUGCAAAGCAUCCAUAUUAACUAACACUUGCUGUUGUCUGCCUGGUUUGUUUCGUGUACAUUCCAGUUCAUGAGCCUAUUGUCCGGCCUCUUCUAUCGCUUCCAACGAUGAGUCACAAACGUUUGUCCGUGUAUGCGACCUUCUGUUCCACCUUCCUUCCAGGGUAAGGAGCACUGUUUAUGGACCACUGUUUUACCGAACGAACCGUCUUAAGCUCGAACCCCACUUCCGAUGGUCAAGGUUAUGCCAUUGCUACUACCAGUGCGCAAGGUGUGUACGUCAAAUCACUGCAAGACAUCGGACCUCGUUGGCCUUCUAUGGGGUAGCGGUGGCCCAUUUGCAAACUACGAACCCCUUUUUUGGGUAAGGUAUCUUUUACUCGACGUCCUUCCAUCAAACUUCACCAAGAAACGGAUAGUUUCCGCUUGUGUACUUCAUUCACCCUUGUCUGUUCCGGGACACGCACAAGCGCAACUGUGGGACAGUGCUGUUCAGUAGUCAUGGCAAACGGAUCGCAUACGAUCAUACGAAAUGCGGUCAGUAAUGUGAUACACUGUGACCGUACUGGGUUGGUCGGCUGGUAACGUUUAGGGGAGAAAGGUUUCGACUUUCGUUGAAAACAAGGGGACAGUUUAACGCGCAUGGAACACGGCACGGAAUAGGACGCCACGCGUGACUUACUUACUAGCGAGCGAGCUUCAAAGACGGUCCUAAUGAGGGCGAACAGUGUAAAGAAGACCUUAAUUGAGUGAAGGAAAAAUAUCGUUUCUCCCCUAGCGGGGAGAUAUAUUGCUUUUACUUCCCAAAACCAUCUUUAGCGAUAAAUUUGUCGCUUUAGAACGUGCAAAAAAAGUGUUGUAAAUAUAUCCAUUCUUUCCAAAACUAACUCUCAGGUGUAAGCUGAGUCGUUCGUAUGACCAUAUGGCCUUGUAAAAUAUUUUCCCAGUAGCGUUUUAGCACACAACUCGUUGCAUCGUAACCGGCCGUCUCGCCGCACUUCUCUCUCCCGCCAAAUCCCGCAAGGUACAUGCAUAUUUUAAUGCUGAGCUACGGUUUACGGCUUGUCCCAACGCAACAAUCAACGCGUUUGCGUGUUCUGGUUUCGUUCGAUUCACCCAUUCCAAUGUACCUGAUGGCGCCAUGAUACGCAAUGGCUCCAGGUGGGGUACAUUUUCGUUACGAUGCAGAUAUUGAUUGUCCUUUACAGCAAGUGUGUAAUUCGUUGCACUUAUUAAUAGACUAAGUGCAAAACAAAAAACCAGUGCUAAAAUAAUGUUUUUAAAUCAUUUCAAAAAGAUCGCCUAGCUAUUGCAGUGUGUGUGUGUGCGAGUGACCUUUCUUCGGAAGAGAAAAUUUAUAUCGAAGUUUCUUAAAGAUGUGCAAGCUGAAUGCACUUAAUUGCAUCCCCACGGAACGAUAAUGACGCCCAUCCGGCGUGUGGGUUUGAGAAACGAACGGGACAUUUUGCUGGGGAGUUUUUCGCUUGACACUUUUAAUGGCGAUCGUGCACUAGAAUGAAGAGAGGAGGAGUGGAGCGUUGAAAGAGAGUGAAAGAGUUUGAGAUAAGAAAACAUCCGCCUAAGUAAUUAACUACAUUGUAUGGCUAAUGGAGCGUAGCGAAAACUUUGCGUAAAAGAGCUUAUAAAACAUUUGUGUUUGAAAGCAUUAAAACUUCAUUUCUUGAAACCUUUUAUAAUGAAAUUAUUUCGUUUUUUCUUUCGCUUAUUUGAGCUAUGCUUCGAUAAAAAAAAAAUGAGGAUAUACAGUGAUCAGCUUGAUCAGCUUGCAGAGCUUUAACCGCCAUGUGCAGGCAGGUGUUUGUCUGUACAUUUACAUUUUUCAUUCAUCGCUCGUCGGGACUUCACUGCAACUGCAAACAAGCUAGCUAGUCGAGUGAAAAACACUCGCACAAACAGGUUUCCCAUAUUUUUAAACCUUUGCCUAACCACUGUGUACUGUGGCACUCCAUGAUGCAGCAGCAACGCCACUCGAACUAUGCCACUCGAAUAAACGGAACGAACCGAAACGUAAACGCACAAGAACAUUUAGUGUUAAGAAUUUACGCAAUACGCAAUGUCAUGCAUUUCCCUUCCUGUGUGAUGUAAAGUGGAAGAAAGCGAAUGAAAAAAUUAAAAUAUAAAAAUGUAGAAGCGACUAAUGUGGUGGCCUUAUCUGUGCCGGCAACAAAAAUGAGCUUAAAUCAAGAAGAAAAGCACCCAUAAACGCACGAUAUUUGUGAAGUGAAAUAAAGAUUUCUACGAAUUAAUCAUUAGGGUUUAUAGGAUAAGAUUUACAGUAAUGAUAUUCAUUAGUCCGUCCGUUUGAAGUCAGCAAAGAAGUGGAUGUGCGUUUCCUUCGUGUCAUCGGUCGAAUCGAAUUAUGAUUGUAAUUUUCAACUCUAAGCUCUUUUGCAUGUUACUACUUUACUAGCAUUCUGUUAUUAAAACGGUGGGUGAAUAACUUAUUGACCUAUCGAUAAGCUUAUGGUUCGUUUCCUACUGUGCGAGACAAGUUUAAAAUGGUGAAAUUUAGCUAAGCGCGAUAAAAAUAAAAGGUGUGUAAGGUUGUUUCUAGCGUUAGGAAUAGCUUAGAUAGAGUAUGUAAAAAAAACGAAUAAUAUCCUUUACCCGGAAGGAAGACUAUUUCGAGCGUUUAAAGUGCAUUUGUAAAAUAAUCGUAUUACCUAUUCAAAGAAAACAAAUAUACAUUUCGACAGCUUCCGUUGCGCGAAUUAUAUACAUCAUUUAAUUAACAAUUUUUUAA